CUCCCAGGCGGUGCCCGCCCAGGCCCGGCCCGCCGCGUUGUGCCUGCUCCGUGGCUGUCGCGCACGCUGCAGCUCCGUGGCUCGGGCUCCACUCGGACCUCCGCUAGGAGGACCCGUGUAUUCGUAUUUUUUUUUUUUUAAUCCAAAAUGGCAGCCUCCAGCCGCGCACAAGUGUUAGAUCUGUACCGGGCGAUGCUGAGAGAGAGCAAGCAUUUCAGCGCCUACAACUACAGAACAUAUGCUAUCAGGAGGAUACGAGAUGCCUUCAGAGAAAAUAAAAAUGUAAAGGAUCCUGUAGAAAUCCAAGCCCUAGUGAAUAAAGCCAAAAGAGACCUUGGAAUCAUUCGUCGACAGGUCCACAUUGGUCAACUGUAUUCGACAGACAAGCUGGUCAUUGAGAACCAAGAGAAGCCCAGGCCCUGAGGAGCCGACUCAGCCGCCAGCAGCAGCCGCGGACCAGUUUUAGCCUCCGUUCUGUGUUUGGCAUGGGGCUCCCAGCACCACCUGAACAUAGCCUCUCGCCCUAGCUGCCCCGUGGGAGCGGGUAAACUGAGUCACGUCUCCAGUAUGUUGCAGCCUCCAGGAGAAAGGAGGGCUGUCCCUCGUCAGUGCAGGUGUUGGGACGAGGAGCCAGAACUCAGGCACAGUGACACAGCGCGUUCCUCCGUCUCCCCUCCUCCCCACCCCUGCCCUGUCGCUCAUCAGCGUUGGUGUAGUUUGCAGACUUGGCUCCUUGCCCCUUGCCAAUAAAUAGGAUCGUCUGCUAUGCCUUUCACACCACAGAAA